GAUCGAUUCAUGAUCGACGUCCUGCAUUUCCCGACACGAGGCUCCGCAGACGUCGCACCGAGGGCGGCGAGUUGUUGCGUUACCGCUCAACAAUCUUCAGAUACAUCGAGGUACCUGGCGAAGCCUGAAGUCAAGUCUGUGAGACAGGGAGCCGGUAAUGUAGGGGAUCCCGACACAAUUCAGGCGACCCAACGGCUGAUUUGCACGGAUUUGCGCCCAAUUCUCACGAGCGCCGGAGAUGCAACCCCAUUUAGGUCAAGCCCAUGAAGAAGCGAACGCAAAUCCGCUUGUCGGACGGCGCCCGAGGAGACAGACAAGAUAGACGAUGGCUUUGUGCUAAUUUAUUGCCGAGCCGCUGCAAAUCCCCCGCUGGGAAUCCGCGGAGCAGACAUUGCCGAAAGGGUACUAAUAGCACGUAUGGUGCGUGUCGGCCAGAAUCCUCGCUCCCCCGGAUACGCGUAGACUGACUGACUGCCCCACUCAAAUCUUGCUUCGACAUCAUCGCGCGAAUUCUCUUCGUCUGCCUUCGGCUUGACUCGCAAGGCUUCUUCUUCGAGAAAAUCCCGGCCUUUAUCUUUGACUGGACGCUCCUCCUGGCAUCUACUUAAAGGCCCCGAGAAGUCAUAAUUAACAGCACAUCUGUUCUUCGCCCACAAUUACAGCGUCUGCAGUACACUAUGGCCCCCACCAUUGUCCUCCCCAGCAUUCACGAGAUGUUUCCCGAACACUUGAUGAUCGCGCGGCCCGGCCCGCCACCAGCAGCGCCAGCAGCCUCUCGACCGCACUUCCAUCCCUAUCUCCCCGCCACCACACCACCGCCGGCUCAUGCAUCGACCUCGCAGCGCGCGAGGGUCCGCCUUCCCUCGAUACACACGGCGCUUCCACCCACGACCGGCUCUCCCGCGUUCUCAUUUGACGUACUCAAAAACGAUCCGCGAACGUCGUCGCUGACGCACAUCGCGUCAAGCCGACCGCGGCGCCCAACGACAUCCUCCUCCUCCUGCUCCUCUGAUGAUCUGGACUUGCAAGACGGUGAUGACGAGUCGGGGGAUUUCGGGCCAGAGGAAGAGGAGGGGAAGAAACAUCUGUGUCCCACGUGCGGCAAGCGGUUCAACCGGCCCAGCAGCCUGCGAAUCCACGUUAACACGCACACCGGCGCGACGCCAUUCCGCUGCCCGUACCCUAAUUGCGGACGCGCUUUCAACGUGAACUCGAACAUGCGUCGGCAUUUUAGAAAUCACGGCGCGCCUCCGCCGCCGACUCCCUUGAGCCCAGUUGACGGCGCUCGUGCGCAUGCGGCAUCUCGGCGGUCGUCUCCAACGCUAUCAGUGUCUCCCCCGCCGUCGUCGGUGACGUCGUCCUGUUAUUCACCUCUCACACCUGUCUCGCCGCUGUGGCGGGAUCACGCUCAUCCGUACCAUUCUUACACUGCCAAGACGAGUCCGACGACAUUCUUCGAGAGUGAUGUGCGGAGCGAGAGGCGAUGACAGAGAAUGCCCUUGGCUAGAUUCUUGUCAUUCCCCCCUACAUUAGCUCGUUUGUUCCCUCGAUGUAAAAUCCGACGAUGUAAUACCAGAGAAGAAUGCGUGUGUACGACCUAUUUACUGUACGCCACUCGCCAGACAAACUCUUAGCGACCGACAACGACGGGAUGUCCCUCAAGAUUGUGUUCUGUGUCGAUUAAUCCUGGUCAAUUCCUGGAUAAUUGGAUCUGGAUUUCUUGACCUACUCCUUGCAAUCCUGUCUCCUUCCCAUGAUCCAUACAAUUCCAGCGAACAGUUUGGACAAAAUUCACCGUUGCAGAUUCUGUUCUGGGACGGAUUAUGGGCAGAACCUCGGGAUUUGAUGUCACGGAUAAUUAAGCCACGUUUUCGUUUUUCUUGCAACGAUGACAAAAGAUGGUCUGCCCGCGACCAUGACGGUGAUUAAAAGCUCACUCUGAGCUUAUGUUGAGCACACUGAGUUUCUGCCGACCGGAGUCAAAUCCAACUGGAUCCGGGCCCCAGUACUGAUGACUGUGUGCACCAAUAAGAAAGCUCGAAAUCCGCAACCCCGGUGAAUUAUUCGUAAUUAGCUCAAGCUUCAUGAUUCACAGGGACCCAGCUGCUGGAUUCAUCCCUUCGUGGGUUCCAGCACCGGCAGAUCGACACAAGAUCCUCGGCGAUCCUCAAGUAGGGCUGUCCGAUGACCGUAUUGAGACCCGGUGCGUCUUCACCCAUUCUCACGGCAUGUGAUUCGAUUCCAGCCGCAGAGACGAAUAGACCCAGCUGACAGACAAGCUGCUGGGCUGAAUCCAGCACUUAUCCUGUCAGCGAACGAUCGCACCUGAUUAGUCGCCGGACGAUGCGGAUCCGGGAUCUCCGGUGAAGCUUGACCUUGAGACAAAUCCAGCUCGUGAUUAUGUAAAGAAGAUGAGUCCAGCAUCACUUGAUCCUUGGCGCCGGAAUAUCUGAGGUGCUAGUCCUUGCAUGACCAGGCGCCUAGUGUCCGGUCAAUGGCAGACGGCUUGGGAGACGUGAUUCAGAUCCACACGCCGCUGAUUAUUUUCUUUAGAAAAUGCCGCCAGGCCAGGGCGUA